GAAAUAAAAUAAUUUCCAUAAAAAGAUACUGUAGUGAGUCACAAUUACCAUUUUGACACAUGCGCUGAUUGGCUGUUGGAAAACACGUAUAGCCAACAUUCCGGCAGUGUCGUUCCGGUCGCCCGCUGUCGUGGAGUCGGUGAAGUGAGUGGUGAAAUUUUUACGUGUUUAACAUCAAAAAAUGGCGUCAGGCGUGACAGUAUCUGAUGCGUGCAAAACGACGUACGAAGAGAUAAAGAAGGACAAGAAGCACCGCUACGUGGUCUUCUACAUCAGGGACGAGAAACAAAUCGACGUGGAGACGGUCGGCGAGCGCAACGCCGAGUACGACGCGUUCCUCGAAGACCUGCAGAAGGGAGGCACCGGCGAGUGCAGAUAUGGUUUGUUCGACUUCGAAUACACGCACCAGUGCCAGGGCACGUCGGAGGCCAGCAAGAAACAGAAGCUGUUCCUCAUGUCGUGGUGCCCUGACACCGCCAAAGUCAAGAAGAAGAUGUUGUACUCCAGCUCUUUCGACGCGCUGAAGAAGUCCCUGGUCGGUGUACAGAAGUACAUCCAAGCGACCGACCUCUCCGAGGCUUCCCAGGAGGCCGUCGAAGAGAAACUGCGCGCCACGGACCGCCAGUAAACCGCAUUUGUACGACCGACGGCGCCGCGCCAACGUUGGCCCAACCUCGCCCAACACGCGCCAGCACCAUCCUCCCCAUGGCCUAAACGUUACCAUGCAUUUACAAAUCAAAUGGUCUCCGUUCGACUAUGUUGGGCCAACGUGCGUUUAGGAGGGAAUCGUAUCCACUAGUAGUUUUUAUACUCGAACUGUAGAACUAUUUAAAGCUUUCAAAUCCGCUGCUGUAAGAUAGGACUAGUGGUUAGUAAAUCAAUGUAUAUGUUUGGUAUGUCAUACUGGAUGUACGUGUCAACCCACUGGUGGGUGCGGUUCAUUCCAGCAGUCAGUAUUGCGGCACGGCGCUCACACAAUCGCAUGGGUUCUUUUCAUAUUAAUUUCAUCAGUCCUUAAAGCUUUCUUAUGCAGUUUUUCGGAGCGGUCCUUAAGGUCUACUGUGUACAGAUAGCUAACUGUAUAUCGGCCGACUCUAAGCUAAUAAGGGAUUAUGUAAUUUAAAUGUAAUUAUUAUAUUUUUUUCCUAUAAAGAGUUAAGCUCAAAUUCUGACGCGUAGGCGUUUUCAUUUUUAAAUACAGGUUACGUACGACACGUAGGACAAAACUGUCUGCGAACACCUAGACACGUUGAUACCAAAGUGGCACUGGUUUUGUCUGUAUGUGCGUUGAUGCAUUAUAGCGUACGCCGGUCGGCUUUUUAUACUAUUUAGAUUGUAAAAUAAGGAAUGUACGGUUUUAUACGGUCGUCGGAGGUUUUGGUUUGUAAUCGCUCAUUGCUUGACACGAAUCAAACUGGCGGGCGAUUGAAUGAGUAUUUUGUAACCAAAUUUAUCCAGAAAUACACUCGAUAUAAGUGAA